CGCCAUACUUCUGUAUUUCUUUUGCGCAUGCGUGUAGCGGUUGCAUUGAUAAGCUAGCAGAAGCAUCAUUUUUAAACAUGUCAGAGAAAGGAGAAGUGGAUUUAACUGGUGCCAAGCAGAACACCGGCGUGUGGCUCGUAAAGGUGCCCAAAUACCUCUCUCAGCAAUGGGCAAAGGCGACUGGCAGAGGAGAGGUCGGGAAACUCCGAAUCUGCAAGAAAGGAAACCAAGGAAAAGCAGAGGUGUCUUUCACUUUAAACGAAGAGCUGACGGUGAUUGAGGGCAUAGAAGAUAAGACGGUGUCUGCGCCGCGCGAGCACCCAUUCACCAUGCAGUCAGUGGGAGGUCAAACGUUGGCGGUCUUCACCGAGAAUUCCUCAGGCCAGUCAGAAGAGAGAUCUGAUGGCAGCAGCUCAGGUGCGGGGGCGGGGGCAGGUCCAGAUAAAAUAGCCUUGGAGGGAGUGGUAGUGCAGAGAGCAGAGUGCAGGCCUGCUGUUAGUGAAAGCUAUAUGAGACUGAAGAGGUUACAAAUUGAAGAGUCCUCUAAGCCAGUCAGGCUGUCACAACAGUUGCAAAGUCCGGUCACCAACAACUACAAACCUGUGGCCAAUCAUACUUACAAUCUUGAGUAUGAGAGGAAAAAGAAGGAAGAGGGCAAGAGAGCAAGAGCUGACAAACAGCAGGUGUUGGACAUGCUGUUUUCCGCUUUUGAGAAGCACCAGUACUACAACAUCAAAGACCUGGUGGAUAUCACCAAACAGCCUGUGAUUUACUUGAAGGAAAUCUUGCGUGAUAUCGGCAUCUACAACGUGAAGGGAACACACAAGAAUACCUGGGAGCUCAAGCCUGAAUACCGACAUUAUCAAGGCGAGGAAAAGACUGACGAAUAGUCCCUGCCACUUCCAAGGCCAAUACAACACCUCUCUAUUUGAUAGGGGGGGGGGGAGUCCCCCCCCAGGCCAGGCCUUGAUUGGACCUUGGGAGUUCUCUCCUGUUCCUCACAUCAGGUCUCUAAACACACUGGAUGAUGAGAUCAAGCAACGAUUGAGGAGAUUGUUGUAUCUUAUUUUGUAGGAGACGAGAAGAAGGGGCACUGGGAAACAAAUUGAGGUUUUCUGCUUGAGUGUGUGCCAUCUCUUCUUGAUGUGGUUUCUGUCACAGCAGACACUCAAGGUAAAAGCCCCCAGUAUUUAAAUUAGUUGUUCUCUCCAUCAGAGGCCCAGGAGAAACAUUUUACAGAGCAAAAGAAUCAAUAAUUAAGUCUGAUUCUUAACAUUGAAUUAUGUUUUAAUGUUUUGACAAGUAUAUCCAUAGGUAAGGGGCUUAAUGUUUAAAGGAUAAACCUAAAGAAGGAUGUGACAGAGGCAUUUGCUCUCCAAACUGAAUCGAGUACGUUCUAGACACUUUGAAAUUAUGUAAUGCUUUAAGAACACAACUGAGCAGGUUCUCUGCACCAUGACGUGGGAGGAAAAAUUCAGCUUGAAGUUGCAUUGACAAAUUUAAGUCUGGUACUAUUGCUGUAAUCCUUCUGAAUUUGUGCUUUGAGUCCUUGCAUUAGGCUUUCACUGCAUUUUUAAAUUUUACAUUUGACAAUAAAUGUUUCAAUACAAAAA